AUGAACUCAGUUUAUGGUGAACCAGCGUUUGAUGAGAAUGGAGUGCCAAUGGUUCUUAGCUGGAGCGUUGCUGAUGUUGGAUUAUGGGUUCGCGACGUACUUCAAUACCCAGAAUACGAGGAAUGUUUUGUUAAAAAUUUUAUAAAUGGUCAAAAACUGAUUUACAUUGACGCUUCGAUAUUACCUCGUAUCGGCGUAACAAAUUUUUUACAUAUAAUGGAUAUUGCUUCGAAAGUUCGUGUUCUUUUGGGUAUCGAAGAUCCGUUUUGGAAUCGCAGCAUUACUUUGCCUUCAAGAGAUCCCGUUGGCCAUUUUUUAGAAAGAAAAUCAAUUACAGGAAAUAAUGCUGAUCGUUUGACAUUUAGCGAACAUCUUCGAUAUUUAAGUAUGUUUAACGAACAUAAGUAGCUCGCUAUAUAUUAAUAAUCUUUGCAGUGCAAUGUUUUUGCUAUAAAAAAAGCUUCAGAAAAAAAAUAUCAAUUUCCUUUAAA